AAAACAGCAAAUAACCAUCAAGGCUCCUUAGUACUGAUAAUAGCAGGAUGAGAAAAAUCUUAAUCGAGAGUUUUGAUACCUCGCAGAAGGCAAAAUCGAAAAGCUAAUCCUAUCAUUAACACCACGUGGUUACCAACUUCAGUGGAAGUCAUCGGCCGUCCGCAAAAGCAGGGGUAAACGGCGAUUCUUGUCUAUUUUGUUUUCGCCAAUGAUAACACCAAAUCUGGGCUAUCGUUAUUUUGACCUCAUUAAUCCAAUUUUCAUUUCUCUUAGCUACCAGAACGUGAGAGUUCUGUCUGUACAAAAGCCCAUCUCCUUCCCACAUCACCAUUGUUCUUUUCCAAUAUUCCAAUUUUGUUCUUAAAUAAUAUCUCAACCUGCAUGCUUACCGUUAGAACCGUUGUCCCCUAACUCUCUUAAAGGCAAAUCCCUGAUUCUCAUUUGCUAAUCUAUUUAUUGUGACACGGGAUAUCUAUGUACAGAUUAAACCAUUUGAGGUAGAUUUGAUUUGUUUAUUGACCUUCUGGCCGGGAUUCUUCUGUUAUGAAUGCAAUUCGCCUUUUCAGCCAUUGCACCAUGAAACCCUCCUGUAGGCUUCUCGGUUGUAGUAGAAAUUCAUCAUUUUUUGGGGAUCCACGUGCAAAAUAUCCCCAUAAUGUAUUUAUUAAUUUGUCGAAAUAUCGACUCAAUUUUGAUCUUCACAAUCAUUGUUCGUUUCGAAUACUGGGGUUCCCCCGUAUAAUUAACGAAGCCCAGGAAGUUGAAGGGUUGCCCUCUUCGAAUUUUUGCCGGUUGAGGGUAACUGCGAGGUCUUUUUCUUUAAGCGCAAAUAGCAGAGUCGCUCCUCUGGUUGCAAAAGUUGCCCCAAGAGUUCGGGAUUGCUCGACGUCCAUUGAGUCCUGUGGCAAUGACAAUAAAUUUGACACAGUUUAUAUUCCCGGUGGAGAGAAAGUGAAACCGCUAGUGAAGGAAAGAACUGAAAACGAUGAUAAUAUUGCUGGAGAGGAAGAUUCUAGGUUAGAAGAUGGAAGUGAAGAUGUGAAUUUACAGAGUGAAGGCGAUGAAACAGAGGUGGAGAAAGAGGCAUGGAAAUUACUACGAAACGCAGUUGUGACUUACUGUGGCAAUCCUGUGGGGACGAUGGCUGCAAAUGAUCCAGGCGACACUCAGCCCUUGAAUUACGAUCAGGUCUUUCUUCGGGAUUUUGUCCCCUCAGCUCUUGCUUUCUUGCUUAAGGGCGAAAACGAGAUCGUCAAGAACUUUCUUCUAAACAAUUUGCAAUUGCAGAGCUGGGAGAAAACAGUGGACUGUUACAGCCCAGGGCAAGGCUUGAUGCCUGCUAGUUUCAAAGUUAAAACUAUGCCUCUUGAGAAAGAUAGCUAUGAAGAAGUUUUAGAUCCUGACUUCGGGGAAUCGGCUAUUGGGCGCGUUGCUCCAGUGGAUUCAGGUUUGUGGUGGAUCAUCUUAUUGCGGGCUUAUGGGAAGCUCACUGGUGACUACAGCUUGCAAGAAAGGGUAGAUGUUCAGACAGGCUUAAAAAUGAUCCUCAACUUGUGUUUGACGGAUGGCUUUGACAUGUUCCCUUCGCUUCUGGUCACUGAUGGGUCUUGCAUGAUAGACAGGCGAAUGGGUAUUCAUGGUCACCCCCUCGAGAUCCAAGCGCUGUUUUAUUCGGCCCUUCGCUGCUCCCGUGAGAUGGUGGAAGUAAGUGACGGGUCCAGGAAUCUGGUUAGGGCCAUUAGCAACAGACUCAGUGCACUAUCAUUCCACAUUAGAGAAUACUAUUGGCUGAAUAAGAAGAGGAUCAAUGAGAUAUACAGGUAUAAGACAGAAGAAUAUUCCACGAACGCCACUAACAAGUUCAACAUAUAUCCAGAACAAAUUCCUAUGUGGCUGAUGGAUUGGAUUCCAGAGAACGGUGGGUAUCUGAUUGGCAACUUGCAGCCAGCUCACAUGGAUUUUAGGUUUUUCAUGCUUGGAAAUAUAUGGUCUAUUAUUUCGGCUCUGGGUACCCCAAAGCAGAAUGAGGCUAUUUUGAAUCUGAUAGAACAGAAAUGGGUCGAUCUUGUGGGGCAUAUGCCUCUAAAGAUAUGUUAUCCCGCGUUGGAGUCGGAAGAUUGGCGUGUAGUUACUGGUUGUGACCCAAAGAACACCCCUUGGUCGUAUCAUAAUGGUGGAUCUUGGCCAGCACUUCUGUGGCAGUUUACACUGGCAUGCAUGAAAAUGGGGAGAGUGGACCUAGCGGAGAAAGCGGUGACUUUGGUAGAGAAGAGGCUGCCAAUGGAUAGAUGGCCCGAGUAUUACGACACCCGCAGCGGCAAAUUUGUGGGAAAACAAGCUCGACUGUAUCAAACAUGGACCAUAGCUGGCUUUCUUGCGUCUAAGAUGCUCUUGAAGGAUCCUGAGACGGCAUCCUUGUUGUUCUGGGAGGAGGAUUACGAACUUCUCGAGAUAUGUGUUUGCGCGCUCAACAAGAGCGGCCGGAAAAUCUGCUCCCGUAAUACUGCCAAGUCUCAGAUUCUUGUCUGAUCCCACACACCACCCCCCCCCAAAAAAAAAAAAAUAUCGAGGGCUCAUUUUUUGUCCGAACCAUACUGCUAUAGUGUAGUAUUGAUAUUGAUAGGCUUUAUUCAAGUUUGUCGUAAAUCUGCCGUGCCCAUGACUGAAGGCUUGUGGGUUUCGAAGACAGUUGCGAGACGCCAUGCCAAGUUAACGAAUUUAAUGUUUGUUUUGAUACUUGAAAUUACCAAAAUCUACCAUCUUGCCUUUGUAUUAGUGGCAGACAUACCCACCGAGGGAGAAGGGAAAAAAAAUGAUCCCAACAUCUAAAUGUACGCUUGUAUAUAGAAAAAAAUUGCAUACGAAAUCUUGGAUUGAUAUAUCUAUUUAAAUAGAAAUAAAGUAUGUAUUUUAUUAAAAUAUUUUUGUAGAUUAUUAAUAUUAAAAUUUCACUAGCAGAAAACCAAGUUAGAAGAAGAAUUUCUUAUUUAUUGGAGAAGUUGUUCCGUUCAACUUGUAACGGACUUCCCGCGUCUCAGUUGAUCGUACUUGCUU